CGGUGUUGUGACUGCGGGGCUGUAAACAUGGCGGUGAGUCUCCGUGCUCGCUCGCUGAGGCACCUCCGUAUCCGAGGCCGGAACGACAGUGGCGAGGAGAACGUCCCCCUCGAUCUCACCCGAGACCCCUCUGAUAACCUAAGAGAGAUUCUCCAGAAUGUGGCCAAAUUGCAAGGGGUUUCAAAUAUGAGAAAACUAGGCCACUUGAAUAAUUUUACUAAGCUUCUUUGUAAUGCUGGUCAUACUGAAGAAAAACUAGGUUUUACUCAUGAAGACAUCAUUAUAUGUUUGCGAUUAGCUUUACUGAAUGAAGCAAAAGAGGUGCGAGCAGCAGGGCUACGAGCCCUACGAUAUCUUAUCCGAGACUCCAGUAUUUUACAGAAGGUGUUAAAACUGAAAGUGGACUACUUGAUAGCCAGGUGCAUUGACAUACAGCAGAGUAAUGAAGUAGAAAGGACACAGGCACUUCGUUUAGUCAGAAAGAUGAUAACUGUGAAUGCUUCACUAUUUCCUAGUUCAGUUACCAAUUCCUUGAUAGCAGUUGGAAAUGAUGGCCUUCAGGAGAGGGACAGAAUGGUUCGAGCCUGUAUUGCUAUUAUCUGUGAACUAGCAAUUCAGAAUCCAGAGGUAGUUGCUCUUCGGGGUGGUCUGAGUACCAUUUUGAAAAAUGUGAUUGACUGUCAGUUAAGCCGUAUAAAUGAAGCUCUUAUAACGACAGUCUUGCAUCUUCUCAAUCAUCCAAAGACUCGACAGUAUGUGCGAGCAGAUGUAGAAUUAGAGCGGAUUUUAGCUCCAUAUACCGACUUUCACUACAGGCACAAUCCAGACACUGCUGAAGGACAGAUGAAAGAGGACCGAGAAGCACGGCUGUCUGCUAGUAAAAUGGGAAUUGUGGCAGCAUUUCGAUCAUGGGCAGGAAUUAUUAGUUUAUGCAAGCCUGGGAAUUCUGGGAUUCAGUCUCUUAUUGGAGUGCUGUGUAUACCUAACAUGGAAAUACGGCGAGGAUUGCUUGAAGUUCUUUAUGACAUAUUUCGCCUUCCUCUUCCUGUUGUGACAGGAGAAUUUAUAGAAGCACUUCUCAGCGUGGAUCCAAGCAGGUUUCAAGACAGUUGGAGACUUUCUGAUGGCUUUGUAGCUGCUGAAGCUAAAGUUAUAUUACCUCACCGAGCCAGAUCCAGGCCUGACCUCAUGGACAAUUACUUAGCACUGGUUCUCUCUGCUUUCAUUAGAAAUGGACUCUUGGAAGGUCUAGUUGAGGUAAUCACAAGCAGUGAUGACCAUGUAUCCGUCAGAGCCACAAUAUUACUGGGAGAACUUUUGCAUAUGGCAAACACCAUCCUUCCUCAUUGUCACAGCCAUCACUUACACUGCUUACCAACUUUGAUGAAUAUGGCAGCUUCUUUUGACAUUGCAAAGGAAAAGAGACUGCGAGCCAGUGCUGCACUAAAUUGCUUAAAACGCUUUCAUGAAAUGAAGAAACGAGGACCUAAACCUUACAGCCUUCAUCUAGAUCACAUUGUUCAGAAAGCCAUGUCAACACAUCAGCGAAGGGAUCAAUAUCGGGUGCAGAAAGAUAUCUUUAGUCUGAAGGAUACAGAGGAAGCAUUGUUGUUAAAUCUGAAAGAUAGCCAGGUUCUUCAUCACAAAGAAAAUCUUGAGUGGAACUGGAAUCUGAUAGGGACCAUACUUAAGUGGCCAAAUAUCAACUUAAAGGUUAACAAAGAUGAACAGUUACACAGAUUUGUUCAACGACUGAUGUAUUUUUACAAGCCUAGCAGCAAGUUGUAUGCCAACCUGGAUCUGGAUUAUGCAAAGUCCAAACAGCUCACAGUUGUGGGUUGCCAGUUUACAGAGUUCCUUCUUGAAUCUGAAGAGGAAGCAAGACAGGAAGGAAAGAAGGAAGGAAGGCAGGUGCAACAAAAGCAGGAUGGCCAUGGCUACCUUGAAGAGUUAGUAAAAGAUAUUGUGCACUGGCUUAAUUCUUCUUCUGGAAUGAAACCAGAACGCAGUCUGCAGAACAAUGGGUUACUUAACACUCUUAGUCAGCACUACUUCUUGUUUUUUGGUACACUUUCCUGUCAUCCCCAUGGAGUGAAAAUGCUUGAAAAAUGUAACGUGUUUCAGUGUCUCCUCAGUCUUUGCUCCCUAAAGAACCAAGAUCACUUACUCAAACUGACAGUUUCUAGCUUGGACUACAGCAGAGAUGGAUUAGCAAGAGUCAUCCUUUCUAAAAUCUUAACUGCGUCUACAGAUAGCUGCAGGUUAUAUGCCACAAAACACCUGCGAGUACUGCUCAGGGCCAAUGUAGAAUUCUUCAGUAACUGGGGAAUUGAGUUACUAGUUACCCAGCUUCAUGACAAAUACAAAGCCAUCUCUUCUGAGGCACUUGAUAUCCUUGAUGAAGCAUGUGAAGAUAAGGCAAACCUUCAUGCUCUCAUUCAAAUGAAACCAGCACUGUCUCAUCUUGGAGAUAAAGGUUUGCUUCUGCUUUUAAGAUUUCUGUCAAUUCCAAAAGGGUUUUCCUAUUUAAAUGAGCGAGGCUACGUGACAAAACAAAUGGAGAAAUGGCAGAAGGAAUAUAAUUUAAAAUAUGUUGAGUUAAUAGAAGAGCAACUUAAUGAAGCACUUACCACUUAUCGCAAACCUGUUGAUGGUGAUAAUUAUGUUCGUCGGAGCAACCAAAGAUUACAGCGGCCACAUGUCUAUCUGCCAGUUCACCUUUAUGGCCAACUGGUGCACCACAAAACAGGCUGCCAUUUGUUGGAGGCUCAGAGUAUUGUUCCUGACCUGAGUUACACAGUUCGGUCUCCCAUGCUGGAUAAAUGGGAAGGUAUUAAGCAAUUGAAAGCAGCUCUCUGGGCACUGGGCAAUAUUGGCUCUUCAAACUGGGGUCUGAAUUUGCUUCAAGAAGAAAAUGUGAUUCCUGAUAUAAUGGCACUUGCCCAGCAUUGUGAGGUUCUAUCCAUUAGAGGGACAUGUGUCUACGUGCUUGGCCUAAUAGCCAAAACAAAACAAGGUUGUGACAUUCUGAAGCAUCACAAUUGGGAUGCAGUGAGACAUAGCCGUAGGCAGCCUUGGCCAGUAGUCCCUGAUGACAUGGAGCAGCUCUGCAAUGAACUUUCCUCUAUUCCUAGCACUCUUAGUUUGACCUCUGAAUCAACCAGUUCAAGGCAUAAUAGUGAAAGUGAAUCUGCACCAUCAAGCAUGUUCAUUUUGGAAGAUGACAGAGUUGGCAGCACCUCCACUAGCACAUUUUUCCUAAAUAUCUCUGAAGACGCAGAACAGAUUCCCCAUGACCGAGCUGGGUCCUUGAAGGAUAAGGAUCGCAAUCCCUUCCCCUUUUUCUCUUCCAGCAGGCUUGUGAAGAAUCGCAUCUUAAAUUCUCUUACUUUACCUAAUAAAAAGCACAGGAGUAGCAGUGAUCCUAAAGGUGGCAAGCUGUCCUCCUCAGAGAGCAAGAUGGGCUUGAGACGAAAUCGUACUGUAACCGAGCCUUCCAGUAGCAUGGAUUUUACACGGGGGGAUGAUUUCACCCCAGUAUUUCGAGUGCCUAAAAUUCACACUCUGAAACUAGAAACAUCAUUUGUUGGAAGCAGGCACAGUGAAGAUGCGGAUAGCACUCCAAGUAUUGGUGAAAAUGACCUCAAGCUGCCAAAAAGCCUCGUCCAUGAAAAUCACAGGGAAAACACCAGCCGAGAAAGGCUCAUAGGAGAAGUUUCCACACAGACCAACUUCAAAAGUCGUAGCUUGAGUUUCAAUACGGAUACCACAACAAGUGGCAUAAGUUCCAUGAGUUCAAGCCCUUCAAGGGAAACAGUGGGAGUGGACACUGCAAAUAUAGACACAGAUUGCGGAAGCUUAAGUACUGUGGUGAGUGCCAAGACAGUUAAAACCAUCCAGUGUUCAACCCCACAGUCUAACCACCUCCCUCUCUCAAAAUCAAAUUCCGUCUCCCUGGUACCACCAGGGUCCUCACAUACCCUUCCUCGGCGAGCACAGUCAUUAAAAGCUCCAUCACUUGCUACUAUUAAAAGCUUGGCUGACUAUAACUUCAGCUAUACCAGUUCUCGAGAUGCCUUUGGGUAUGCAACACUAAAACGCUUGCAACAGCAAAGGAUGCAUCCAUCUUUGUCACAUUCAGAAGCCCUGGCUUCUCCAGCAAAGGACGUCCUCUUCACAGACACAAUUACUAUGAAGUCUGGUAGUCUGGACUCUCGACUUACACCAAACAGGUUCAUGAGAGCUUUAAGUUAUGCAUCAUCUUUAGAUAAAGAGGAUUUAUUAAGUCCUAUUAACCAAAACACACUUCAGCGCUCUUCUUCUGUUCGUUCCAUGGUAUCCAAUGCUACUUAUGGUAGCUCAGAUGAUUACAUUGGACUUGCUCUCCCAGUUGAUAUCAAUGAAAUAUUCCAGGUAAAGGAAACUCCUUAUUUCCAGAAAAAAACUAUGCCUUCAUUUGAUGAACGAAGUGCUCGAGUCUUUUCCCAAGAAGCUGGAGGUUUGCCAUCUGGUUCUACUGAGAUUGUAAAGAGUCCGUUUCAGAUGCUUCGUCAACAGAUCAGUCUUACAGAGAUUAUGAACACAAGUCGUUCAGAUGCUUCUCAGUUCCUAGAAAAUAUGGAAGACACUGGACUCCAAGAGCACACUGAAGAUAAUUGCCUUUAUUGUGUCUGCACAUACAUCCUGGGCUAUCAGCAUAAUAACAAAGAGAACUCGGCAUAUAGUCACACAGAAUUUUCAGACAUUCCUUAUUCUGACUGGUGUGGAAAGACCAUGCAUAAUCACUUGGAUGUAGUUUCCCAUUCCUCAAAGUUUUCUGGGAUUUCAGGAUGUAGUGAUGCUGCAUCGCAUGGAUCAGCUAGUAGCACCAAGAGUACAGAGCUUGUCAUAGGCGUAAAGUCAAUUCCAGACGAUACUCCAGUAUGCCGCAUUCUACUGAGAAAAGAAGUCUUGCGAUUAGUGAUCAACUUGAGUAGUUCAGUAGGAACUAAAGGUCAUGAAACAGGUCUCUUGACAAUUAAAGAAAAGUUUCCCCAAGCAUUUGAUGAUAUAUGCCUUUAUUCUGAAGUGUCCUACUUGCUAGCUCAUUGCACGUUUCGAUUACCAUCCCGACGGUUCAUACAAGAGCUCUUUCAAGAUGUACAGUUUUUACAGAUGCAUGAAGAAGCAGAAGCUGUUCUAGCAGCACCAGCAAAUCAGCAAACAGUUAACCCAUCAACAGAAUCCUGACCUCUUAUUUUCCAUGGUCUGCUAACAGUGAAGUUGCUGGUAGCCUUGGAUAACUUGUAACUGACUGGACAGUGAAGAGAGAAGCAUCAUCUGCUGAAUUAUUCCCAGAGUUCAGGGUACAUGCAAUUGGAGUCUGGGCUGCAGAACCUUCCCUCAGUGGAACUUGGUUCCCCAGCUGUCUGAGCUCUAUGGGGAGUUGUUAAAUGAAAGUAACAAUUACCAAGAUAUGCAAGAAGAACCAAGCACCAAACACUUGCGCAGGUUUUCAUUUCAAUUAUUUUUAAAUGCAGAGUUAUAAUAACAGAAGACAAGUGUGCAGGGACAUGGUUUUACAUGGUUGACUUUGACUUCCAUUCUGGACAAAGAGUGAUGCCUUGCUUGGUCAUCCUGAAUGAAGUCAGGGUAUCUUAGGCUGUAUCCUAUUGUCAUCAAUGGAGCAUGCGCUAACAGUGGACGUUGGGGGAUUAAUUACGGGCCUUCAAUGAAUCUUUUUCUUAAUUUUUGUGAAACACUACUUGGGAAAUUUCUGAUCUUGGUGACAGAGAAUCCUUAGUAACUUGGGGCAGUCUUAAGUUAUUUUAUUGUUAAAAUAGCAAGCAUACUUGUUAAUAGUUUUGUUGCAGUCAUAUGUAAUGAUGCAUUAACUGAACCAGUUAAGGAAUUUCACUACAGUUUGAUUUUAAAUGAACAAAUCACUUAUCAGUCCCCUAGAAUCAGAUUUUCUCUGUACAUAUAAUGCAUGUAUUUUUGGUGGGGUUUUCUACAUUAAUGCUCAUCUAGUAUGGAAAUUGGUUGUCUAGAUGUAUAACAAGCAUGACUUCUGUCAGAUAAGGGUGCGUACUUUUAUCAAGUAAAACUAGAAAAUAUAUUCCUAUUGCUGCUUUUGAUCAGGAAGGAUACAAAAACAUUAAUUUCUACAUUCCAUGGCUUUAAAUUUUUUAUCUUUUUGCUUCAAUCAUACAUGUGGAUGGUUAAUUGCAGGAUAAUACUGGUAAUUGUAGUGAAAAGCCUUAAACAUGUAAUGUUGAAGUGAACGCUAUUUUGCUUUAAUCCAGAGUUCUUUCAGAGAACUUUGCACAACUUAUGUAUGGUGAUAAGGCAUAGGUCAGUUCCCCCACACCCUUAGUAAGAUUCUAAAAUUUAUCUAAGUACGGACUUGAAACAAAUGCAUCUUGACCCCAUACUAAAAGCACCCCCAGGAAACAAAUAACUGAUAUAUGCAAACUUGUACAUACAAUUUCCCAGUCACUUUCUUUACAAAAGCUGUAGUGGACUGAGGUUGCUCCAUAAUUUCUGGUGUGUAAAAAUAGUUCAGCUGGACUGUACUGAGAAGAAUAUUUCCAUUCACUUUUACCUUCCCACUCUCUUUAAAAAAUAAUAAUAAUGCAAGGAUUUGCUUGACAAAGUGGAAUUAGCUCAAUUUUUCAUAUCCCUUAUCUGAGCUCAGUACAUGUGCUAAGAAAUAUAUUUAUGGUAGAAUUUGUUCAUAGAGGCAUGUAACGUUAUUCUUUUUGUUGUAUGAAAACUGUGUCUAAUUUAUCCCUACUGCCACACCUAAAAUGUUUUUGCUCCACAGUUCCUAGAAAGAAGGUAGGUGAAAAAAAUAAUAAUAAAGGAAAAGACACCUUUAGGAAUAUUUCUUUGGGUCCCACACAAAUGUUUGUCUCAACAGAAGACUGCCAAAUACUUGAAGCAGUCUUCCUUUUCCCAAGCAGAACAACUUCAUUUUGUGGUUUCUCCUGAGUCUCCUCUUUGCCUAGGCUCCUUGCCCUUUCUUUGCCUAGUAGAUGGAAGGCUAAGUCAAUCCUCCACCAAUUUGUUCCUGAGGUCUGAAAACCAUGAGUGUACAGUGGGUGAAUCUGUGCUGUUUUCUCCCACAGUUGCUAUCUCCAGUCCUUUUCCAGCAUCACACUCUAAGCCUCUAAGAGAGGUAUAGAAAGAGUUUAUCUGCAAAUCAAUUGUGAGUAAACUCCACCCACAGCCAAUUCAUUGUUACCUGUAAAUGAGAUUUAGCUAGGGCAGUCUACCCCUACCUCCUCCAAAUGGUCAGAGGUCUGCUCUUGAGUUUAUUUUUACAUACCUUGCAGAGCCUCAGAGCCUUCAGUUACUCUGCUUCAUCAGACAGUGGAGCACCCCUGCUCCUCAAUUCUCUGCCCACCUGUGUGAAGCAAAGAAUUUCUAAUCAGUCUAAUAACUGUACCCCUCUGAGGUGAACAGGUUCAGGACCUGUGAGGUUGGAUACCUUUCUGAGAAACAUUUCCUACUGGGAGUUGGAAAUGAAAGUAGUUUCUAAACCUUUAACCAAAUUCCUUUCCUUAUCACCUUAUUAGCUCCUUACAUCUGUAAAAGAUCCAAAAGAAGGUUCCUUUAGAAAAUAAAAAUUAACAUGUAUUAUUCUUGCUACAGAUUCCUUUCUGGAGAAUAGUGAAUUUUUCCAGAUGGUGAGUUUUCCAGAUUUCCAGGACAGAUCUUCCAGCAGAUAAGAGUCCACAAACCAGACUUUUCCACAGGCUGUCAUAGACAUGAUGUGAAAUGCUAACACAAAACCCCUAGCCAGUUAUUAGUAAAAUAUCUCCAUCUUCUUCUUAACUUUCUAGCUCUAAAUACCUUCUACCUCCAAGCAGGAGUUUACAUUAUCUCUUAAUACUGCUUCAUCACAUUUUGGGACACGAGUGGCAGAUAACCAGCUUACUCAUUUGCAUCAGUCUGGUCUUCUCCAAAUUAUUUGGGUAGAUUGCUACAGUAUUCCCCAUAUAUUGGAGCAGAGAUAAUACAGACAGCUGCCAUCAGACUUAUCUCUAAAAUGUUCUUCUUGUGAUAACUGCUAUUAUUUUAACUCACUAUUUGGGAAUAAAUACUCCUAAAGGAACAUUACAGGCUGUGGGUUUUUAGAAAUGGUGACCUUCCUACCUUUGUGCUUGUCAACACCUCUCUGACUAGGAGCUUCCUUUCCAUAUGACCACGCCUAUUAUGUUUUUAUUUUUAAUACCUUAAAAAAGAUUAUUUUCCUUUAGUUUGAUACUUUUUGAACUUUUCAAUUAGAAAGCUGAAGGGACUGUAGUGCUCCUAAUGUCAGUUCUCCCCAUUUUUCCAGUUCUUUCUCCCCCCCCCCCAAACUGUGGAAUAAAGCCCUCUGUUUGGAGUGGCAGCAGAGAUAAUUCAGGAAGGUUAAGUAGCAAGUCAGAACCCAGUGGGCUGUUUCUUCCCUUCCUACAGCUUUGGCAAUGUGCUUUUGCUAUCAUUUUGUAUAAUUUCUGGAACACCAGGAGGGCCAUGAAUGGGGGCUUUCAACAGGAUUUAGCUCUCUCGAGCCUUGAAGACUUUUUGAAAUUUGGGGGAAGAGAUAAAAGAAAGGGCUUCAGCUGCUGUAACCGUAGAGAAUUCAUUCACAUCCAUCAGUAUUUACAGAGGGAUCUUUUGGUCUUUAAUGCAACUCCUUUGCAAAACCAAAAUAAAAGCCACUGUAGACCAAAUAGUGGUAUAAACUCCAAAGGACUAAUGUAGUAUUCCCAGCAGAAGCAGAAAAAGCUGAUCAACACUACCUCAUUUAGGAUAGAAUAAUAAGGUAUUUAGAUUAUUAAUUCUGGUGGAGUUAAUCCAUUAACUCUGUAGUUUAUAUUUUUGUUUUCAAGGCAAAAGUAGAUGUGGGUAUAUUCUUUUUUAUGUAUCCUAAUAAAAGAAUCUCCAGAUGGUUACACUUUCUGACUACAGCUUUUAGUGAAGGGAAAAUUAAAAAGAAAACUGAGGUAGUAAUUUGUAUAGCCAUUCAUUCAGACAGCAAUGCAAAACUGAUUUGUCACUCUUUUUUAAACACCAAGAACUCCAGCUUCCAUCCAGAAUAUGGCUCUGGAAGGGCUUCCCCCCCACUCCCUCCCCCCUCUGUGUGUGUGUGUGUGUGUGUGCGCGCGCGCGCGCGCAAGCGUGUGUACGCAUGCUUGUGUGUAACUCAACAGAUUUUAAAUGUGUAGAGCAGAGGUGGGCAGCUUUGAAGGGUUUGGGAACCUAUUUCUACCCAUCUGGAACUGCAUGCCGCUCUUGCUACUACUGGGAAAUAAUUGCCAUUAAAACAAGGCAUGCCUUGUUUUAAAAGGAUAAUGUAGCAAUCUCAGUUUGAGAGGCAGCAGAGGCCACAAAACAGCUGGAGGUGACAUGCUGCUACCUUGGUGUAGAAAAUGUAAUAAUCAGAACUGAAUUCUUUUCACAUGCCAUUUUUGCUUAAUUUAAUGGAAUAGAUAAAUGAUAUUCUGGAACCUGACACUUGGAUGGGAACUUGUAUGUUUUGUAUUGAGAUUACUCAUUGGGGAAGUUCCACCUAAGACCAGUCAGUAAGAUCUCCUUUGAUCAUCACUCCUGUACAUCUUUUGACCCAUGAGACCUAAUCUGAAUGGCUGAAUUCUGCUUUUUUAUUUGAGAACCUGUGUUCUUGUAAUCCAAGGACAUGCAGAGCAAACACAGUUAAUUGAGCUCCUAGUUGGCUACUGUGGAUUGGUCACAGCUGGUAGAAGAGUGCAUUUGCUCUGGAAGAUCAAACAAUAUGCAGGCAUACGAAUAGUUCAGUGACCACCAAGCCCAAAAGCUCAGGGAGUUUCCCCUGAAAGUAAGACAUAUGUCAAAUGAGAAAGUGCUGCACUUCAUCAUCUUUUAGGUUUAUGUGGCAGUACAUGCUGUGCUUCUCCCACUGUAGUUCCCUGCUGCCAUUCAGAUGGAUGGGGAACUGUAGGCUUGGCUGGAAGUUUGUUUGUGAUAGGUUUAAGAUACCCUAGUCUUUCCAGAAAUCCCUGUGUGAAUUCUCCCCAUGUGGCAAAGUAAAUUCACAAAAAAAUAAGUUUAAUGCUCAGAAGUAAUCCUCACAGUAUGCAGCAUUUGAUUAUAUCUUGGGGAUGUCCUUAGAGUGAGUGAGUGAGUGAGUGAGUGAGUGAGUGAAAGAGAGAGAGAGAGAGAGAGAGACCCUGUCCAGAUUUUUUUUUCUUGUUGGUGGCAGGGGAUUUUGACUGUCCCAAAGGGAUCAUUAUCACAUUCUGUGUGUUCCAAAUGUAAAUUAAAGAAUUCUAUUUUUUGUGAAAGAGAAUUUAGUGAUUUAAAAUAGUAAUAAGGCUCUGUUGUGUUAGAUUUGUUCCUCAAGUUCAGUAGCUCCAGUGUUGAACUUGGGGACCCCUUAGGUGUAUACAUAGCAGUAACCUGCUUUUAAGAGAGGAUUCAAGAACCUUAGAGGUUCAAUGAGCAGAGAAUUAAUUUUAAAUCCGUAGGAACAUAGACUUGCAUUCCAAAAUGCUCCUCUCUUCAUGAAAAGAAAGGGCAAUUUCUGCCACCUUUCCCUCCAUCUGCAGCUCUCCACAUUGUAGGUUAAUAAUGGGUUAAACAACCCAUAGUUAACCUAACAGCUCCUUGCAAGUUAGCUGUGGAUUUUUAAACCGAUGCUUAGCUCAUGGUAUCCAGGUUAGAUGACAAGGAGCAAAUUCCAAUUAAGCAUAUCAGAGGUUGAAUAUGCAAAAUGGAGUUAGCGUGUGCUCAGAAUGCCCUGUGGUAAAUUGUGGGAUUUGCUGCUGUUCUGUGUGAACCAGAUUAUUAUUUAUAAUGACAUUUGACCAAAGGAUAUAGCCCUGAAAAAAUAAGAAAAAUAUUCAUUUUCAUAACUCCCUUUUUUAGGCUCUUAUUAAAUAAGUGCCAUUAGUUUUCAUUUCCCUUAACUUUGUUUGCUAGGAAACCGCAUACUGAAAUACCAUAGAAUUUCAACAUCAUCUUUUAAAAUGCUGUUUUUGGUGUGAAGAUGAGGAUAUUGGAUGGACUCAAGCCAUGUUCAGGCAUUCAACCUCAAGACAAUGAAGGCACGAAGUAUGUAAGGGCCAGAUGUAUGAGAGAAAGAGAAAAAGAGAGAGGGUGUGCUUGGCCUACCCUGCCUCCAAUCUUUGUAGGUGCAUUGGCACUGUCCUUUCUGCUUCUGACAUGCUCAGCGAGUAUAAAAGCUCGCCUAGGCUUUGCAGUCACACAUCAGGACCUGGAGAUUGCAGGCCUGUCCCUCUACACACUUGGUGCCUUCGUGCAUUCAGGCUGAACACUGGAACAGGGCUAGUCGGAAGUUGCUUUCUCUAUAUUCUGAUAUAUCUGUGAGUCAACAAAAAUGCCCUUCAGGUACGAUUGCUAUCAGCAGUGCUUUACAGCAACCUUCCACAACCCAGUGCUCUUCAGGACUACAACAUCCAUCAUCUCCAGGUAGAUCUGGAAGGCACUAGGGUUAAAAAAAAACCUGCUCUAUAGUAUAAGGAAGAAGGCACUUUUGAUGACAACCCUAUAAAUGAUCAUCUGCUGCUUUUUCCAGCGGCCUUUUGAAGAUAAAGGGCCUCUUUGCACAUCAGUACAAGCCACCUGCAGACCCUUUCUAGGGUGAUGCAAGAGUAAUUGAAUCCUUGCAUAAGUCCAUGGUUUACAUGAUGUGACAAACCGCAGUAUCUGCCCUUUACAAGCCAUGGUGGACUGCAGUGAUAAUGCAAACUGGGUCUCUGUAAAGUUGAUGUCCCACUUGUCAAGUGAAUGUGUUUCAGGUAGAGGGCAGGAUCCAGUCCAAGUGAGCCACUUUUAGAGGUGCUUAAUUUAAGUGGAAUCUUGCCUUGAGUGUGUAAAUCCCAUUUUACACCAUUCUAGGGAAAGGAAUGCUUUUUGAGAUUGCCUCCUGCAAUAACCCCAUCUAACCUUCCUGCUUGCCCUCAUGUACAGAAUAACAUGACACUGUAUAUGGGCAUGUGCUUUACAGACUUUUCAGUUACUGUACCUUGUUAUUAUGUGAAGACUAAGGGUAUAUGAGUGAUGAUGGGAACAUGGUAGAAAACCUCUUAGCAGCUCUCCUUUUCUAGAAAUCAUAAUAGCCCAUUUUUGAUUUCAGGAUACUAUUGAGAUGGAUUUUCUUAAAACUCCAGAUUUGCUACAUAUUUUUGUUAACCUUUUUUUAAAUUUUCAGUAAAAACUGAAGAAUGUGUUUUUUCUUUUGACUAUUUUUGUAAAAUAAGUGGAUAGCAGUGCCACAGCAUGCAAAAAUUGCACUUUUUCUUUGCUUGACUUGCUUGUAAAAUAGACACUAUUUAAUGUGGAAAAAAUAAUUUAUGCCAAAAAACAAAGAAGUAACUUGCCAUUUUGCGACUGCAUAGGUUAGAGUAGCACAAAAUGCAAGAACUUGGGGUGGACAUAAUUGGGGAGGUGGGGAGAGAUGUGCUUUGAAUAGUGGCUGCCAUUAACCCAAAUGAUGUGUUCUACUAGAGAUGAUGUAAAUUACUUGUUCUGAGGAGGGGAAGAGAUCAUGAAACUUCAAGACUCAUUUUCCCUGCCCCAUGUGGUCACAUUUUCUUUUAUAUAUAUAUUAGUUGAGAAGCUGCUACAUAUUUGGAAGUUCUAUUGUUUGUAGGUCACUGAAUGGACAUUGAAAUCUGAUUUAUAUUGUAUACCUGUAACAUAGAAAGAAAAAAAGUAUUUAUAUAUUUUCUGUAUGAAUAUUUCAUUGAGCUGUGUAUAAUUUUGAAGAGGCUUUGUCCCAAAAUGGUUCUGCUCAACCUGAUUUUUUGUUGUUGUUUUCUUUUUUCUUUUUUUCUUUUUUUGGUUUGGAUUUUUGUUUUGUAUAGUGUGUACAGUUCAUGUCUAUAAACAUUAAAAGCCUCCUGAAGCAUUAUCUUAUCAAAGGGAUGCAUUGUUAAUAAAAUGGACUUAAACUUUA